AUGCAUAUAUCAGACACAUCCUAUUCAAUGGAAUCGAAAAAGAAUCUAUUGACUCCUAUCGAUUCCAACAAUGAAACCAUUGCAUCAUCCUUUAAGAAUGACACAACAAAUAGUAAACUCAUACGGAGCCAAAAGAAUAUGACAGUGAGCGAUUUGCGAAACACAUCCAUUAACUCAGACACCAACAGAUCAUCAUCAUCAUCAUCUAAUCCACAGAGGAAUAUGCUAGUGAAUAGGGAUUACUCUAUUCGAAAUAAGAAUGAGGACCAAAUGGAUCCAACAGUACGAUCGCAGAUUCACCCAAAUAAUACAACGAGGCCGACUAUUAAAACGAAGAGUAUGUCUUCAGCCUCAAUUUUUAGAAGGAGCCAAGAUCCCAAAAUGAAACUUGCUAAAACUGUCUCUUCAACACCAAUAAAGAAUAAUGAUAACACUAAUAACAAUAACAACAACAACAACAACAACAACAACACGUCUGACAAUCAUGUUCAUAGAAACUCGAUGGACACACAGCGAGCAGUAAAGAGAAAUACUGGCGAUUACCAACGAUCUAAUAUUUUGUUUAAAUCUCGUAGCCACCAUUCACAGAUCUUUCCAGUGAUUGACCAUACUUCAACAAGUCCUGAUGAAACCACUAAAAGGGAUAGAAGAUCAUCAACCUACACCAUGAGUUCAUUACCUGUUUAUCAACUAAAAGGUAGUAAACAUCUUCUGGAUUCUUCAUCCUCUUUACCACCAAUGAUAGAAUCCAAUACCACUACGACCACAACUACUACGAAUAGCUCAGCAUCCACAAUAGAUAUGGAUAGUAGUUUUGCGAGUACAUCAUCAAGACUAAGUGUAAAACCAGGGAGUUCAAAGGGGCCCUUGAAUAUAGGAAACGGUAAUACAUCGAGGACUACAUUUAGCAGUCCAUUACGAAGACAUUACACAACCAUUAUAGAUGAUGACCAAGAAGCUACUCAUGUGGCUGGCCACAGAAUAGGAGAAGGAGAUGUGAAUUUUAAUAUAGUAUAUGAUAUGUUAACAGGUAUACGAUACACUGUCUCAUCAAGAUUAAAAAAAUCGAAGGACAAUGGUGCAUCUUCUAAUGACGUGAAGUUAACAAGCAAAGAUUUUUCGUACAACAAUAAACUUGUAUUUGAUAGAAAAGGUAGUGAACCCUUACAGGAUUCCAUACUGACGCAUUAUGAGUUUAAGUUUAAGGAUUAUGCACCAAAUGUUUUCAAAGAGCUCAGAAGGACAUUCGGUCUUAAUGAAAAGGAUUAUCUUGAAUCCCUAACAUCAAAAUAUAUAUUGAAUGAGUUGAAUUCACCUGGUAAGAGUGGUUCAUUUUUCUAUUAUUCAAGAGAUUACAAAUACAUUAUCAAAACCAUUCAUCAUUCUGAACAUACACAUUUAAGAAGGACACUUCAACGAUAUUACACAUAUGUUAAGAGGAACCCUAAUACCCUAAUAUGUCAAUUUUAUGGUCUCCAUAGAGUUAAAUUACCGAUCACUUUCCAAACUGGUAUUAAAAAUAAAAAAGUAUAUUUCAUUGUAAUGAAUAACCUUUUCCCACCAGAUAUACAAAUCGAUACGACUUUUGAUUUAAAGGGGUCCCUUUGGGGUAGAUAUACAAAGAUUCCAGAUUAUUUACAUAGACACGAUAAUGCUGAAAGUAACUUAUUGCGCAAUAAAACUAAUGGUAGUCGCAUAAUUUUGAAGGAUUUAAAUUGGCUAGACCAAGAUGAAAAAUUACAUUUUGAUCGAACAUGCAAUAAAUUAUUUUUGAAACAAUUGAAAAAUGAUGUAGAUAUCCUCUCUAAGUUAAACACUAUGGACUAUUCCUUAUUAGUCGGUGUUCAUUAUAUUGAGAGACCCGAAAAUGAUAUGACUGACUUUGUUGAUAAAAGCUUUGGGACAUUAGACAAACAUAAUGUUCAGAAAUUCUUAACUAGGAAUGAUCCUUCUGGAUUACCAACAAAUCUGUUUACACAUUUUGAUGGUGGUCUCCUAAGUAUCGACACCACAUCAGAUGGUUGCCAGAUGAUAUAUUUCAUUGGAAUAAUCGAUUGCUUAACCAAUUAUUCUAUUGUUAAAAGAUUAGAGACAUUUUGGAGAGGUAUAAAUCAUAAACUUGAAGUUGUCAGUGCGAUCCCACCAAAAAAUUAUGGAGACCGCUUUUACAAAUUUAUAGAGAACUCAAUAAAUAAUGACAAGGAAGCAAGAAAGUAG